AUGGGCGAGUUAUCGGCGCUGCAUGCGCAGGCGACGCGUCUGAUCCUUGCGCUGCGCGAGGGCAUGGAACGGCUCGAGGCCAUUGAGGUGGGCAGCUUCCGCACCGCUGCCGCCGCGGGAUCCGGCGCCGCGUCCAUGACGCACAUGCUCACGGCAGUGUGCGCCUUGGCUGUCGCCGGCGUGUCCACGCUGGCACGGUCGAGGCCGCUGCGGCGCACCAGCCGGGAGCUGGAAAGCUCGUGGCGCAUGCAGAUGGUGCGGCAGGGCACGACACGAGUAGACAUUUGGAAGCGCAAGGUGGAGUCUGUGUCGGAGGAGGCGGCCUUCAUCGGCAGUAGCCUCGACCGCUUCGGCGGCCGCGAGGCGCGGCGGCGGCGCGAGCAGGCGGAGCGCGAGGAGCUGAUGGCGGACGCGGAGCGGGGGCGGCGCUACCGGGACGCGGAAGACGAGGAGGCGGCGGUGCAGGGGCACGUGGUGCGGUCGCGGCGGAUGCUCAACGACAUGUUUGAGCAGGGGACGGGCAUCCUUGCGGGCAUGGCCGGCAGCAGGGAGCGCAUCAAGGCUGCCCAGAAGAAGAUGCUUGACGUCAUCAACAGCGUCGGCCUGGGGGAGUCUGUGCUGCGCAUGAUAGAGCGGCGGCACAAGGGGGACACCUACAUCGCGGUCGGCGGCAUGGUGGUGGUGUUGCUGUUCACAGUGGGGCUGCUGUGGUGGGCGUGGCACUGA